UUUGUCAUAUGUAAAAAUCAAUGUACUGGUUAGGAAAUAUCUAAAUAAAGGCGUAUUUGCCACGUCGCAUUUCAUUACGUAAGUCUCAUGUAAUAUCGUGUAAGUGAUACAGAAAAGUCUAUACAAUGGGAAGCAAUUUAUACUGGAUAAUUGUUACACUGGGAAUUGCAAGUGCAGCACAACUGACUGACGCAGCCUGUGGUGAACUGACAGCUUGUACAACUCAUGAAAACUGCCCAGCAGAGAAAGCAUGUGUUGGAGAAGAAGGAAACAAGUUUUGCCGAGGAUGUAAUUGUGAACAAAAGAGUCAAUGCGUUCAACAAGGUCAAGGUACAACAUGUAAUUGCGAUGGAUAUGCUUUAAAAGGACCACGAUGCGAUUGUGAAAUUCAAUCAUCCAAAGAUAUGGACUGCAAUAAUUAUACAGAAUAUUUCUUGGUCAUAAGUGGUUACAAAAUCAAAAACAUUCAACCAACGACUACAUCAACCUCCGCUGUGAAUCAGUGCAUAAAACUGUGCAAAAUGGAUCCAACAUGCUUUGCAUUUUAUCAGUAUCAUGAAUAUUAUUACGAUACUUGCUAUCUAUAUAGUGAACCAGCUGAUAAAAAUAUAUUGUUUAACAGUGUUGUCAAAGUACAAUCACUUAUGUAUAAAGUUGCUUUCCGAAAAUGCGAAAUAUUUGGAUAAAUUUCAUAAAUGUUCAUAAUGAUGAUGAUGUGACAAAAUUAUCAGAAUAAUAACCCAAUUAUCAAACACUGAGAUGCUGUGCUGAUUUUACCUUGCAUUUUGUUAUCGACAGAACAUAAUAAAUAAAUGCUGCAUU